CCAAAACGGCAGAAAAAACAACUAUCCAACCAUGAGGGCAACGGCUCAGGCUACCGCAGGGGGUGCCUCUCCUCUACCCGAGGAGAGCCCACUUGUGAAGGACCUGAGACGGCGACUUCAGGAGGUCCAACGAGCCCAUCAAGACCAACUCCAAGUCAAUGCUAAACAGACAAGGAGACUGAGAGAGUUAGAGGAGGUGUUACAGCAGAAAGUAAACCUCGAGAAGAAGUUUGAGGAGCUCCAGAAAGAGCUGAGCCAAGCUCGAGAGGAAAAGGAGGCAAUGAUAGAGUUUGGGGAAUAUCUGCUCGAAGAAAAAGACAAGGAAAGAGAUCAAAUGUUAAAGAAGGGUAGACAGAUGGUAAACCAGUAUGUGGAGGGCCUCUACCAGGACAACGAAAAUCUUAAGAGGUUCUCCCAAGAACAGCAGAGUCUCGCCAGCAAAAACCAAGAAAAGGUGAAGCAGCUGGAACAACAACUGAAACUGCAGAAGGCAAACAGACACUACUAUAACUCUGACCUCUUUGAGGAGCUAAAGUCUGCCCAAAACACCGUCAAGAACUUGAAGGUGACCAGUAUGAAGAACACACAGGAACUUGAAGAGUGUAUAGAGCAGAACAGGGCGCUGAAGAAUACUCUUCAGGAGCUCCAGAGAACCCACCAGGAACAACUCCACAUCAGUCGAAAACAGACAUGGAGACUGAGGGAGUUACAGCAGGUGGUUCAGGAGAACGAAGCCCUCCAAAAGAAGCAGGCUCUCCAGAGGACUAUCGAGGAGCUGAACACGACUCUGAAACACAGUGAGCAGGAGAAAACCUCUGCUCUCCUCAGAUGUGAAGAGCUGCAGCUGUCCCUGCCCAAGUCAGAUGAUCAGCUGCAGCAGAUCAAAGUCAAAGCGGAGGAGCUCCAAGUCCAAGUGUACUAUAAAAACAAGAAGAAGAAGAAGAGGAGGAGCUGUUUAGGUGGUGACAGUCAUCAGUCUCCAGUCUGA